AUGAAUGAUAUUGAUUGUAAUGGAGGUGGACUCUUCUUUGUGUAUGGUUACGGAGGAACAGGCAAGACAUUCGUGUGGAGGACGUUAUCCUCAAUGAUAAGGAGCCGUGGAGAUAUUGUUCUAAAUGUUGCUUCAAGUGGAAUAGCAUCUUUAUUAUUACCGGGAGGAAGGACAGCGCAUUCUAGAUUUGCUAUACCACUUUCAUUGAAUGAAGAUUCCACGUGCAAUAUAUCGCAAGGUAGUGACCUUGUUGAGCUUAUAAUUAGGAGCAAAUUGAUAAUAUGGGAUGAAGCACCAAUGACUCACAAACACUGUUUUGAGGCUUUGGACAAAACCAUGAGGGAUCUAUUGAGGUUUGCCAUACCGGGUAGUGCUCAAAAGACAUUUGGUGGAAAGACAGUAGUUUUGGGCGGUGAUUUUAGACAAAUUCUUCCAGUUAUCCCCAAAGCAGCGAGACCGAUAGUUGUUGGAGCAACUAUUAAUUCUUCAUACCUUUGGACAAAUUGUAAGGUAUUGAGGCUCACCAAGAACUUAAGACUACGGACCUUAGCUUCAGAGGAAGAUAAGCAGACGGUUGAUUGGUUUUCAAAAUGGAUUGCAAACAUAGGAGAUGGGAUAACAGGAGUUGUAAACAAUGGGUUGUCUGAGAUCGAUAUUCCACCAAGGUUUCUCUUAAACUGUGGCCAUGAUCCGAUAGCAACUAUAGUGGAAAACACAUUCCCAAGCGCGAGAUAUGGCAUGAUUGAUGAGUUGGACCUAGAAGGUCGAGCGAUCCUUUCACCGACUUUAGACAAUCAGACGGCGAAAAUCUAUCACAAGUACACACUCCUGAAUUUUUAA